UUUGAUACUUACGUUUGAAGGAGAUUUAUGCCCUUUCAUUCCCUACUUUUUUCUUUGCUCUUUGUUUCUCCUUUCCCUUCUUCUCUUGCUAGUUCAAUAGUCCUCCUCCCGUCCGUCUUCUCGGUUUCCAUUCCUCUCGUCUUCCAAACCGCCCGUUUACUAUAUAGCAUCUACCUUACCUAUCCAUCCGCUCAUCCCUACGUAUACAUCCGCAAAAACAACCCAUUGGUCGAACCGUUCACACCCUGUUCCACGAAUUGCGCCCAUUGCACAACGUCAUACACUCCCUCCAUAUUAAAAUACAAAACCCCUCCGUGAGAAUUCACCAUGCUUUCCGCCGGAGAGAGGCCCCAGCCGGCUCUUGGCAAGAAUGCCGCUGCCGCUCGCGCCAAAUCCUCCCUGAGUCACUCGACCACCCCAAUGUGGACCGUCCAACCUAAGCCGGAACAAGUUCAACACAUCUGGGUCGUAACAGGUCCUGCCGGUUGUGGCAAGAGUACGGUAGGACGAGGCCUACAGGCCGCGCUGAACGUCCCAUUCCUAGAAGGAGAUGAUUUCCACUCGCAAAAGAACAAAGAAAAGAUGGGCAGUGGUAUCCCACUCACAGAUGCAGACCGCUGGGACUGGCUCAUCUCGCUCCGCAAUGCAGCCAUCAAGGCCCUCUCGCCCUCGGAAGCAAACAACUUCCACCCCCCGUCGGGCGUGGUGGUUGCCUGCUCGGCCUUGAAGCAAAAGUACCGUGAUGUCAUGCGCGUGGCUGCUUACGGCUCGCCAUCCGUGCAGAUCCACUUCGUCUACCUCAAGUUGGACGAGAAUGCCCUUCUGCAGCGUGUCGCGGCCCGCCAGGCCCAUUACAUGAAGAGCACAAUGGUCCAGUCCCAACUACAGGAUCUCGAGGAGCCCCAGGGUGAAUGGGAUGCGCUGACCAUUGAUGCCCAUGUGCCGCAGGAGCAGGUUAUGCGGGAGGUUCUGGAAGCGGUGAGGGAUAAGCUGGCUGAGUAUCAGUAGCUUGCGUUCUCUCUCUUUUGUCCGUUUUCUUUGAGUUCCCCCCCGUUGUUCUUUGUGAGCGUUCUUUUACUACUGCUCUUGGCUUAAAUUAUAUGCUUCGAGAAGCUUUGGGUAUGCAUGGAUGACCUCCCGGUCUGGUGUCUGUGGAGUUUAUUAUCUUGCCAUUUUUCUACGUGUUGGAAAAUGUUUCGUUGAAACUUUGGAUGGAGUUAACUUGCUGGAAUACUUUUUUUACUCUUGUCAUGGUUUAUAAAUAUUAUACCUAUU